AUGGCAACAUCUUCUGCUUCCAAACUAGCACUCACCCAGCCCUUGAAAGACGUUCAAGGCGAAGAGCCCAACAAGAAGAGAGAGCUCGAGAUCACUGCCGCCGACGACCAACAAGACAAAACGAAACGGGUUGACCGUAAGCCUGAACGGAAGAAACAAGUUCACUGGGAUCUAGCUCCGAUGCCUCCCUCUUCUGCUUAUUCCUCUGCCCAAUCUGGCCAUGUCUAUUCGGACUUGCCCCAAAAGGCUGUGGAUCUGCCUAGGUCCCUGGAGCCUCAUCCAGAUUUGAACCAUUAUGACCAACCUCACUCCGGACGGCGAGGCUCUUCGAGCAGUUGGGGUUAUGACACUGCCUUCAGCCAUGCGACACCAACAUCUAACUUUCCAAGCACUCUUCUUCAACAUUGUGGUCAUGCUGCCCCAACCUGGGAGCCGCCCAGCCUUCCGGUAACAUCGAUGCCGUGGCUAACAUCGAGCCUUCCACAGCUUCCCCCUGGGAAUAUGGCACAUUCCGAUCCCACAAUUCCAGCCUGCGCCGGUCCCGAAUGGAGACAUCCUCUUAAGCUGGCUCCGAUGCUCUCGAAGGGUCCAGAAAAUCCUCAAGCUUUGGAUAGCAAUGGGGAUAGAUCGAUCGAGCCUAAUGGCGCUGAACCCCUAGCAGAGGAAGCAGUCCAAGGCGAGUCGAGCCCCGUGGUCGUCAACAUCAAAUUUGGUGCACCGGCGCCUGGAAUGCCGAACGUGAUGACUACCGUGCUUCCGACCAACCAUGAUUCGGGAAACAGUAUUCCUCCACAGCGUUCUUACGCGACGGACAACAUGAUCACACAGGUCUCAGCAACAGAUCGGCCAGCGAAUGCCUCGCCUGCAACCGUGAUCGACAUCGCCUUCAACAGCCAUCUAGCCGACCAGGCGGCGGCAUACGGCUAUGCCCCCCAUUCGCCUACCGACCCCGAGGGGGGCUACACGCCGCCAAACUCGGUGGUCGAUUCGUCGCCUCCUACCAUGCCUCCUCCGGCGGUGGCACCUACGUUCUACGACCAGGCGGUCAAGCAAGAGCCGGCCCAUGGCUAUCCGCCUGCUCCAGAGGGCUACGUUCGAGUGGAGGAGACAGCACGUCAACCAGAAGCGGCUGCUUGGCCUGCACCACCCCCGCCUGAACAUUUCUACAGCCAGCCAAUCAUGCAAGCACCGCAUCCCUACGCUUGGCAGUAUGGCCAACACUAUGUGCUCUGGUCAACGAACUACUAGUUGGCCCGGUGGUGCAAGCGCAGGCAGUCCCCGGCAGAGAGGAUAUCUCGGGACCCUGGCCCUGUGGUGAUUGUCGUUUAGCAGCUCUGGCGAAGAUUAACAACGAGAAAGAACAGGAUGGAUGGAUGGAAGGAAGGAAGGGCAAGCGUUGGGCCCCAAAAACAGACACAAAGGAGUCCCCUUUCCCGCGAAUGGUGAAGCCGCCGUGACUCGGUUUGGAAAGCCAGGCGUGCACGACAGACUGACAUGUUUUGUUUCCCCCCCUCCCCCUCUGACCCAUUUCUU